AGCUCAUUUAAUUUAUUUCAACAAAGUUUUAAUUAUCAAAAGGAGACAUCUAUUUUGAAUAUUCAUUUCUUAUUAAAGAUACCAGAGAAACAAUGACAACAGCAACAGAUGCCGCCACUAAGUUGCCGUUAAAACCUACUCCAGAAGGGCAGAAGGACGACGUGUUCACAGAAUGGAGGAGCAGGAAGGCAUCGAUUAAUGCUUCGAGUGGUUUAAAACCGCCAGGAGAUCUUUCCAGUCGACGGAAGUCAAACCUGCGUGAUUUGACAAACCACUUAAAAGCUGGAGGAGCUGGGUUGAGAAGAUUAACAAUGUCCUUACGUGCAAAGUCAGACAUUUCAGCAGAUAUGUUGAAGCCUGUAGUAAAGAAAGAGAACACAUACAGAAUGCGGCCUGACGAAGAUAAAGGGUUCUCUGCUGCUAAAGUAGAAAAAUGCGUGAAAGAGCUGUUUGAGGACGAAUUUGAGGACGUAGUAUACAGUCACGACACUUGCAGCAAACUCUCGUGCGAAAUUUCAGAAAGGGUCAAAGAAAGGGUCAAAGAAUUGAAUUUUCCACGUUUUAAGAUUGCAGUAAAUGUGAUGGUCGGUCAGGUAGAUGAUCAGGGGUUGGAGGUGGUCAGUCGUUGUGUAUGGGAUGAUAAAAUUGAUAGCAGCGUGUGUGUUACCUACAAAAACAAAUCUUUAUUUGUCAUCGCGCUUAUUUUUGGUGUAUAUUUUGAAUAAUGUUCACUUUUGACGUUCAAUAAUGUAACGUUACUCUGUUUUAAUGCUGUUUCUUGUUUUCUAAGAAAAAGGAGACAAAAUGCAUUUCUUCAUAUUGUAUUUAUAAUUGUAUGAUCGUUUGGAAACCUUUCUGUUUAAAAUGUUUAAGAGAUAAAUCGUAUACAUGUACAUAUACAUGCAUAGUGCGUUAACUGGAGUGCAGGUAUUAGCUUUCCGCUGUCAAGAGCAUGCUCGUUGAAUUGCUUUAUUUUUUCUGGGCGUCAUUUAUUGCGACGACGGGGAAAGAAACAAUAAUAGAAAAGUCAUAUUCAGAUGCUCGUUCAUUGGUUUCUUUUAUCUGGUGUUUCAUAUUGUGAUGACAGGGAUUUUAUUUUUGUCUAUGAUAAAGAGAAAAAACAUCAAACACUCAACAAUCUGAUUUCUACUCGGGGGCUACGUCCCCUCGUACAAAUCAGAUAGCCCCGUGUUUUGAUGCUCUUUCUUUUACUUGUGUCGUCGGGCAAAUAGAUGAUUUAGGUAAAUGACUACACCUACAACAAUUGUUUAGUAAUUAUAACAUAUUUGAAUAUCUAUUUUUAUGAAAUUACUGGCAUAAACUUAAACGGUGCCUAGAAAGUUAAUAGUGCUCUUUUUAUGUGCUUGUUUUAAAAGUGCUGCUCAGACUAAGUGUUACAUUCUUCAUAACAGUCUUUUACUCCAGUUUUAUAUUUCUGUUUAUUUUAGGUUGUUAUUUGUCAUGUAUUUACGCUAAGAACCAUUGUUAAGAAAAGGUGUAAUUAUAUCAAAUUGCAUGCAUAUUUCAUUGAGGAAGAAAUAUUUUACCAAAUUAAUUAAAUCACAAUUU